CUUACGCGCGUCAAACACCGUCUUGUUGCUAUUAUUUUCUGUGUUCCCUUAAUACUUCCUUCGAAUAAUAUUAUUUGAAAAUGCAGAAGCUAUUAACGAGACAAAGCAGAUUGUUUUUUCAUAUGGUCAAUGUCAUUAUUUCAUAUUAUAUUGUGUUAAUCAGUGUUGAUAGUGAUAAAUGAGAAAAGUUUACAUAACUGCUAUAUCUCAACAAGAACCGUCUAUAUAAAAUUUUGAUGAAUAAUUGUUAAAUUCAAUUGGGCGUGUACUUCAAAUUUUGUUGUUAUAUACAGCAUUGAUUUGUAGAUAUUUUGCAAUGCCAAAGUGAUAAGUUAAAUUCUAAUUCAUUGUUGGUUCAUGUUAUGAUUUGGGCACGAUGUUAUACUCAACAAGUUCGAUUGGUUCUUGACUUAUCGAAAAAGACUAUAAACAGCAAAGAAAGAGGAAUAUUAUUUAUUAAAUACAAUUUGAGUUUGAAUCAAGCUUCCUCAGUCUACAAAAUAUUGAAUAGAAAAAUGGCUUCAAUAUCAAGUGAAAUUAGAAAUGAAGCAAAUAAACCACAAAAUAAAUUAUCCUUGGAAAAGUCACCUUAUUUAUUACAACAUGCAAAAAAUCCAGUAGAUUGGUAUCCAUGGGGUGAAGAAGCUCUACAGAAAGCUAGAAGAGAGGAUAAAUUAAUUUUUUUAUCAGUUGGUUAUUCAACAUGUCACUGGUGUCAUGUAAUGGAAAGAGAAUCUUUUGAAAAUCCUCUCAUUGCUGAAAUAAUGAACAAAUAUUUUGUAAAUAUAAAAGUAGAUAGAGAAGAAAGGCCAGAUAUUGAUAGGGUUUAUAUGACAUUUAUUCAGACAAUUUCAGGUCAUGGAGGAUGGCCAAUGAGUGUCUUUUUGACACCAGAUUUAACUCCCAUUACUGGUGGAACUUAUUUCCCACCACAUGACAAAUAUGGUCAACCAGGCUUUCCACAAAUCUUGGAGAGUAUUGCUCACAAGUGGAUCAAUAACAAACAGUCGUUCUUAAAAUCUGGCUCAAAAAUUUUAGAAGUACUAAAAGAAGCAGCAAGAUCAAAAACUCAAAUUGAGAACAAUCCUCCGCCAAUUGAUUGUGCCAGUACUUGUGUUAAACAAUUAAUAAAUGGAUAUGACAAUAAGUUUGGAGGAUUUUCUGGAGCACCAAAGUUUCCCCAACCUGUUAAUUUUAAUUUACUAUUUCUAAUGUAUGCAAGAGAUCCAGAAGGAGAACUUGGUAAACAAAGCUUAAAUAUGUGCAUACAUACUUUAAGAAAAAUGGCUAAUGGUGGUAUUCAUGAUCAUGUUGGUCAGGGAUUUGCAAGAUACUCUGUCGAUGGAAAGUGGCAUGUUCCACAUUUUGAAAAAAUGUUGUAUGACCAAGGACAACUUCUCCAAUCAUAUUCGGAUGCUUACCUAGCAACAAAAGAUCCAUUUUUUGCUAAAAUAACCAAUGAUAUUGUAACUUACGUUACUCGUGAUUUACUGCAUCCUGAAGGAGGAUUUUAUAGCGCAGAGGAUGCCGAUUCUUUACCAACACAUGAUGCUUUAGCUAAAAAAGAAGGUGCUUUUUAUGUAUGGACAUAUGAAGAAAUAGAAUCUCUUUUAACUAAAAUUAUAUCGGAAAACGAGGGUGUAACUAUGUUUGAUAUAUUUUGUUUCCACUUUAAUGUGCAACCCGAAGGAAAUGUGAAAAGACAACAAGAUCCACAUGGGGAGUUAACACAACAAAACGUUUUGAUAGUUUUUGGAAGCGUAGACGAAACUGCACAACAUUUCAAACUCAGCGUUGACACUGUAGAAGACUGUAUUAAAGAGUCUCUCAGUAUACUUUUUGAAGAGCGUAAAAAGAGGCCACGUCCUCAUUUAGAUGAUAAAAUUGUUACCGCUUGGAAUGGCUUAAUGAUAAGUGGUUUGUCAAGAGCAGCUUCAGCUUUUGACAAUCUCCAAUAUGCAGAAUAUGCUGAGAAAACCGCAAAAUUUAUUGAAAAAUAUCUGUACGACGACAAAAACCAUCUGCUUCUACGUAGUUGCUAUCGUGGUGAAAGGGAUUCAAUUACGCAGCCUAAAGUACCUAUAAAAGGAUUUCAAGUUGAUUAUGCUUUCGUUAUCCGAGGGCUUCUCGAUUUAUACGAAGUCACCUUUGAUCCACAUUGGUUGGAGUUUGCUGAGAAGUUACAAGAUAUUCAAGAUAGUCUAUUUUUAGAUAGUGAAAACGGCGGCUAUUUUUCUACGACUAAGGACGAUCAUUCCGUGAUUUUACGCCUCAAAGAAGAACAAGAUGGCGCUGAACCUUCCGGAAAUUCUGUUGCUUGUUGCAAUUUAAUAAAGCUCUCUUCAUUUUUAGAUCGUUCAGAUUUUUUAGAUAAAGCCACUAAAUUCCUUAGUUCUAUGAGAGAAAUCUUGACCGAACUACCUUUUAGUUGUCCAGAAUUAGUUAUUUCUUUGGUUAAUCUUGUGGACUCUACAACUCAAGUAUACAUUGUAGGUAAAAAAGAUUCCGAAGAUACAAAAAGAUUAUUAAGAGUAGUACAAGAGAGGCUAACAUCUGGACGAGUAGUUAUAUUAGUUGAUGGCACUGGAUUAGAAAAUAUUUUAUAUCGCAAAAACCAAAUUAUCAAUAAAAUGAAACAGCAGAAUAGUCGUGCAACUGCAUACGUUUGUCAUCACCACGUAUGUUCUCUGCCAGUUACAGAUCCAGAUCAACUUGCGUCAUUAUUCGAUAAGAAGAGACAGUGAGUAGAAAUGUAAUAUUAGAAUGGUUGACUAUUAUGAUAAUUACUUAUUUUUAGUAAAAAUUAAUUGUGAUAUCAUCUAAAGUUGAUAAUUUUGAAAGAGUUUUGGGCUAUGAAUCCGUAAUCAUGUUUCUCGAUUUUUUUAUAGUAAUACAUGGUAGUUUUCCCAGAGUAAAAAUGCUCUUAUACAAAUAUUUAUGAUCAAAUCAGUAUUUGUUUUUAAUGGAUUCACUUGAAUUGUAUAUUAGCUAUGAUUUUUAUAUAAUUAUGUACAGAUAAAACGAAAUUUAUAUGUUGAAAUACUUCACUCCACGCAAAAGGGCCGUUUAAUUUUAUCAAUCAAGUAUAGAUUUGUAGAUGAGCUGAUUCCUUAUGUGAUGUAUUGAAUUACUUUGAAUCACUUGUAAAUUUGAGCAUGUAUUUAUGGUGAUGUAAGUAUAAUCAUGAUUUUUAAAGAUUUUGAAGAUGUUUUUAGUAGAAAUAAAAUUGGUAAACUUUAAGCAUCGCAAAAAUUUCAAAGUGCAUAUAUAUUAUUAAGUGAUAAUAUAGUAUUAAAAUGAAAUUUUUAUGUAAAAAUGGACAUAAACAAUAAAAGUAAAAAAAAAGAUAAA